AUGACCACAAAGCUUGCAUUGUUGCUCCUUUUCUUGGCAACGACCUGUGCUCAAAGGAAUCGAGUCCUGACAAAGGAGAUCCAGGCGAAAAUAACGAAUGGUUACCCGGCCUACGAAGGCAAAGCCCCGUACGCCGUGGGUCUCCGUAUGAACAAUGGAGCCGUUGGCGCUGGUUCCAUAAUUGGCAACACUUGGGUCCUUACCGCUGCCCACUGUUUGACCACCGACUCAGUGACCAUCCAUUACGGCUCAAAUCGGGCCUGGAAUGGUCAGAUCCAGCAUACUGUGAACAAGGAUAGCUUCUUCCGUCACCCUGGGUUUCCAAACAGUGCUGGCCAUGAUAUCGGCCUGAUACGCACCCCGUACGUAAGCUUCACCAAUCUGAUCAAUAAGAUUCCCCUGCCCAAGCUCAGCCAGCAAGGUGAGCGUUUCGAGAACUGGUGGUCCGUUGCCUGCGGCUGGGGAGGAAUGGCCAAUGGCAAGCUCGCCGACUGGCUGCAGUGCAUGGACGUGCAGAUCAUAAGCAAUGGCGAAUGCGCCAGGACAUAUGGUUCCGUAGCCGACACAAAUAUGUGCACCCGCUCGACUGAUUCGAAGUCUGCGUGCGGAGGCGACUCUGGCGGGGCCCUAGUCACACACGACAACCCUAUUCAAGUGGGUGUGAUAGUCUUCGCUUCCAAAGGCUGCAAAGCACUGCCAUCCGGCUAUACUCGCGUCUCUGAUCAUUUGGAUUGGAUCCGCGAAAAGUCUGGAAUCGCUUACUAA